AACUCCAUAGAAGGCUGACUACAGUUAGCUAGCGUCGUUAGCAAACAACAGUUUUCUACCGUUAAAUUGCUGAUAUUAUUAGACCCGGCUAGUUAAAUCAGCGGAUACAGACUUUGUACUGUACACGGAUCCAUGGAACGGUUGUCCUAAUGUUUUGUCGUAGUUGACAACUGUCUUGUCUUGAUUUUAUGUAUUACAACCGGCGUUAAGUGGACAACACUAGCUUUUCUUUUGCUGUGGCUAAAUUCGCUAACUUUAGCUCACAAGCUAGCGUGAUUAACGUGUGUUACGUUCGCAGGAGACCACUCUGACUUGGAGGAAGGAAGGAAGGAAACUGAUAAGUAGGAUCAUUGCGCACCGCUGCUUAUGCAAAGCUAGCCCACUUUUUGGACUCCAGAGUUCACAUCGUGACGCAUUUAGAAAAGGUGACUAUCUGUGCACCCUGUGUGACAUUUAACACUAUUUGGUUAAUAAGAUAUGCUGUUAGUUGGCGUAGCUAGCUGUCAACAACAACAGUUCCCCCGGCUAGCUGUACAGCGGGAAAGAGCUAGCACGCUAGCCACAAACUUCUAAAGAAGUUGUGUAAGUCAGAUUUAGGUAUCUGACUGGUUUAGGUAACAAGCAGAGGGGUGUUUCAAACGUUUCAUCUACGGACUCUUUCACUCUGAUCCGCUCUAGCAACAGGACAAACCUAUGGCAUCGGAUGUGAUUGAGAGUGAAGCGGGACUAAAGGGUGUAAGUGAUAUGAAUUUGAACAAUAGCAGCCCAGAUUUUGUCACACCCAGGAGGACUCAUGAGGAGCAGAGAAACAGACAGACUUCUAGUCCCUCAUCUUCCGGAGUGUCGGGAGAAGGCGAUGAGGAAGAAUUAGAGGAAUUACAAAACAGCACAGCUUCUACGGUUGAAAAUGGCGAAGAGGCGCUUCAAGAGAGCCUAACCAAAACAAGAGGUACGCCACAGGGAAGGACAACUCCAGACAAUGAGCAGAAACAGCCGGGAGCAAGAAGCUCGACCCCAGUCAGUCUUCCCCAGCCACGCUCACCAUCUGGACCCACUGGAAGCCUCGAGCGCCAAGAGUCAGUUGCCACAACAGAGGCCCGUCUAAGAAUGGAAGGAGUUGAACUGAAGGAAGAGUGGCAGGAUGAGGACUUUCCACGGCCCCUACCAGAGGAGGAGGAGCUUGAAGAUGAGCUUUUUGCUGGGACAUCUGAAGAGAGAGAGCCUGGCUAUGUAAUGGACCAUAGCAAGAAAGUAAAGAAGAAGCUUGCAGCUCCAGACAUCAGUCUGACACUUGACCGCAGUGAAGGUUCUCUUCUUUCUGAUGAGCUGGAUGAAAGUACAGAGCUGGACCUCGACGACAUUGACACACCCUCAGACAACAGCAAUGAGUUUGAAUGGGAAGACGAUCUCCCUAAGCCAAAAACCACAGAACUACUACAGAAAGGUGUGGAGUCAGUCCAGGAGUACUCAGCCUUGGAGGAAAGGGAGGAGGGUAGACGCUGGCGGGUGUUUCGUAUCGGAGACCAGGAACACAGAGUGGACAUGAAGGCCAUUGAACCUUACAAGAAGGUUAUCAGCCAUGGAGGUUACUAUGGAGACGGCUUGAAUGCCAUAAUUGUGUUUGCUGUGUGCUUUAUGCCUGAGAGCAAUCAACCAAAUUACAGAUACAUCAUGGACAAUUUAUUCAAGUAUGUCAUUGGCACACUGGAGCUUUUGGUUGCUGAGAACUAUAUGAUUGUGUAUUUGAACGGGGCGACCUCUCGGAAAAAGAUGCCGACUGUCGGCUGGCUCAGGAAGUGUUAUCAGCAGAUUGAUAGGAGGUUAAGGAAGAACUUGAAGUCUUUGAUAAUUGUCCAUCCUUCUUGGUUUAUUCGCACCCUGCUGGCACUCACAAAACCUUUCAUAAGCUCUAAAUUUAGUCAGAAAAUCAAGUAUGUGUACAGCUUGACAGACCUCGCAGAGCUGGUUCCAAUGGAGUAUGUGUCCAUACCAGAUUGUAUCAAACAGAUCGACCAGAACAUGCACGGCAAAGUGGAGAUGGCAGCUGCUGCUGUUCCAGAGUGACCCCGCUCACACUUUCAGAUGUCGAGGAGGAGAACGAUGAAGAAUGUUUAGAACCGCAGCCACUCGUAUGUUUAUGUUCUGGGCAACGUGACUGGAGACUUAGCUCUUUGCAUCAGGAAAGUGCCUUUUUGAAACUAUGCUGCCUGUUACAUUGUGGAACUAUUUUGCUGUAUUUUCUGUGUCAAGCAGCCUGAUCUUCAGCAUUUCGUCCACAUGCUGUCUGAAACGUUUUUAAUCCUUUUUAUUUACAGCUGGUAUAUCAUGUCAAACUUAGUUUAUUGGUGUUCCCUAGUUACUGUUGUAUCUACACUUUAUUUAAGGCACUCUGUUACAAAUGGUUGAUGCAUGCUUUGCUUUAUUACAUUUAAAUAUGUAUUUAUAUUCAAAAGGUGACAAAGGAGAGAAAUUAAUAUAUUUUUAUGGUUGGUCUGAUUUUAAACUGCAUUUUAGGUCUCUGACCCAGUGGCAUUUCAUAGAACAAGUUUUGACAGCACCUUUUUCACUGUUCACUGCUGACGUUCUCUGUUACAAUCCUGCCUGGGGAAAAUAAAGUUUUAUUUUUUGCCCCUCA